UUGUGUUUAGACCAUUGACUUUCAACCGUUAAAAAUAUUUCAACCGUUGGCGAGUCAGCGUGCACUUGAACAAUUUGAUUUUUUAUUUGGAGAAAAAUAGCUUUUGAUUUAAGAGCAAUUGAAUUUACUUCUGACUUCACUGUGGAUAUACGGGAAUAUUAAAUUAUAAUCCGUUAAAAAUGUCUGACGAGUGCUUGAAGGUGGCUGUGAGGGUGAGGCCACUGAUUUCCUCGGAGGUGGAUCGAGGCUGUCAAAAUUGUAUUCGAGUAAUAGCCGGUGAGCCUCAGAUACAACUCACUGGCACAGACAAGGCCUUCACCUACAAUUUUGUAUUCAAUUCCGAUGUAGAACAGGAUAAUGUUUACGAUAAAGCCGUAAAAAACAUGAUGCACAAUAUAUUCAAAGGUUACAACGUAACGAUUCUCGCCUAUGGCCAAACAGGAAGUGGCAAAACCUACUCCAUGGGCACAAACAACUCCUCUACGAUUGAUUCCUCCAGUGGAAUAAUUCCACGAGCUGUCCAGGACAUAUUCUCCACAAUAAGUGAUAGAUCCGCCGACAAUUGGACGUACAAAGUAACAGUAGGUUUCAUAGAACUCUACAACGAGCAGCUUUACGACCUGUUGGCAGGGAAAUCACGAAAGGAUUCAAUCGUCGACAUUCGCGAGGACAAUAAUGGAAUAAAAAUCAUUGGCCUGACUGAACAGGAAGUAAACUCUGCUGAACAAGUCCUAAAAUGCCUAAUGGCAGGCUCUCAGGGUCGAGCAACAGGGGCGACAGCCAUGAAUUCCCAGAGCAGCAGAUCCCAUGCUAUUUUUACACUAACAAUUUUCCAGCAGAAAAACAACGACUCCAACUCUGCCACCACCUCUAAAUUCCACUUGGUCGAUCUUGCCGGUUCAGAGAGGCAUAAAAAAACUCAAGCAACAGGUGACAGGUUCAAGGAGGGGAUCAGUAUCAACAAAGGACUCCUAGCUCUUGGAAAUGUAAUCUCCAAUUUAGGAGAGAAUGCAGCUCACAUUGGUUAUCGUGACAGUAAAUUAACUCGACUCCUUCAGGACUCACUUGGUGGCAACUCCAUUACCCUGAUGAUUGCCUGUGUCAGCCCUGCUGAUUACAACAUGGAGGAAACCCUCAGCACUCUGAGAUAUGCAGACAGAGCCAAGAAAAUAAAGAAUAAACCGAUCGUCAAUCAGGAUCCAAAAGCUGCUGAGAUCAAUCGACUCAAUGCUCUAGUGAAGGAACUCAAAUUAUCUCUCAUCGAAAAAGGGGACUCUGGAAUAAAUUGCCCUCCAGAACAUCUCGAGCUCGUCGAGAAGAACAAAGUACUUAACAAAAAUCUUCGAGAAAUAUCUGAACAGUUGCGUUCUAAUCUAAUCGAAUUCGUGGGAGUGCAUGAACGGGCGGAGCUUGCUGAGACCAGCAGAGAAAAAUUGGGAGAAGAGAUUAAUAAAUUAUUGGUGGACAUCGAGGCGGCAAUCAGUGAGCCAAAUAUCGAGAAGGUCUACGUAAUGCUGAAAAAUAUUCAAGAGAAAAUUAUUGCAAUUCAGGACUAUCAGAAGAAAUCGGAUGCUGAGAUCAAGCAUCAAAUAUCACUGGAGAAAAAUCCUAAUGAAAAUGAGAAAGAGGAUGAGGGGGAAGGAUUCUGCUGCAGUGACAGCAUCAAUAGCACAUUGAAUGAAUCAUCGCUGGAUGAAGAACACACGGAACACACGCUUUUGCAAGCUGCUCGCAAUAAAGAAGUUACUAAUAUCAAUCGGCAAUUGGCCUUGAAGGAGGAACUUGUAGCGAAACUUCUAUCGAAUUCCUCUCAAUUCGUCGAUCACGCCAAGGAGCUCCAGGAUAUGGAGAACGAGAUAAAAGUCCUUCAGGCUGAGAAGGAACAAUUAAUGAAGAAUCUCGAAGAGUUUCAGACUAAUAAUGCAUCUGCCAAAAUAGCUGAGACUCGCCGAAAGAAGGUCAAGGAGUUGGAGAAAAAGAUAACGGAGUUGACGAAAAAAUGUGUAGAGCAGAGUAGAAUAUUGAAAACAAAGGAGAAAGCUGUCCAGCAGGUGAAGAAUUUGACGCAGGAAAUUCAACAGAUGAAGCAGAUGCGAGUUAAAUUGGUGAGGGAUAUGAGAAAAGAAGCUGAGAAAUUUCAGCAGUAUAAAGCAUUACGAGAGAGAGAGGUGCACAAACUCAAAGAUCAGGAUCGAAAACGAAAGAAUCAGAUGGAACGACUUCAGGUGCUACACAAUAAACAGCAGAAUGUGAUGAAGCGAAAAAUGGAAGAGGCCUACGCUAUGAAUAAAAAAUUGAAGGAAACACUUGCUUUGCAGAAGAAAAUUCGAGGAAGUAGAGAGGAUAAAGGAAAAAAGAGUAAAGAGUAUAUCGAAAAAUUUGUCAAUCAUGAGGUGGCAGUGAUUGAGGAAAUAAUUGCUGCUCAAAAUGCUCUCGAUAUGCAGUUGAAAUAUCGGGAAAAAAUUGCUCAAGAUCUUCAACAAUUGAAAGCAACUGCUCGGGAAAAUCCUUCAGAUUAUUUGGCAAGGCAAAUUAAUGAUCUUGAAGAGUAUUUAGAUUUGUGCACCGCUAAAGUAAAUAAACUGCAGCAGGAAAUCGUGGCUUCUGAGCAGGAGACAAUGGUCAAGACUAGGAUGGAGGGGAUCCACACCAUUGGAGAGGCUAAACAAGUAUCUCAUCAAUUGUUCGAGACGAUUGAGCGAAUUUGUAAACAGCACAGGGUGGAGGCGUCAGAAAGACAGGAGAAGUACGAUGAAUUGACGAACGCUCUUGAUGAAGCUCUCACCAAAUUAAGGAAAAUAGAGUUAACUCCUUCUGUCAGUUUGAAAGAGCACCAGCGAGUUCUGGAGGAGUUGAACUCUUACAAGAAGAUGAUUCAGUCAGAGAAAGGGGUGAGAAUUUCCAAUAGCAAGAGUAAGCCAGUGGCCAGGAAAACAAUAAGUGCUGUAUCGAAUUUCAAGGAUAUGCUUGUUGGAUAUUUGGAUAAGGAGAACUGCGAAACUGAUGAGAGCUUUAACGAUGAUAUUAAUAAGGAUCCAGAUUGGGUGAAAACACCUCUGGCAAAGCCGAGAAAUUCGAGGAGAUUGCGUUCGAGCGAAGAGGAAAAAAGCUUGAAGAGAUCGAUGGAGGAGACGAUUGAGAGCAAGUGUCAGUGUAAGACCAAAUGUCAAAAUUAUUACUGCAGGUGUUACAAAGGUGGAAUCAUGUGCUCCGAGGAAUGCGGCUGCAAUCUAACAAAGUGUGAAAAUCGAAAUAACAAACAAACAACCAAGUAUUUCGAGGAGGAGCCUGCCGAGCUCGCUGGACAAGCUAAAAAAAUGAGGACUCAGUGAUGGAGACAUUCCAUCAAUUUUCUGUGUUAUUAGCAUUCAUUUUUUAUAUUUAAUUGAAUUGUAUUAUAAGUAUUAUUAUAGCUAUCAUCAUUGCCAUUUCAUUUCUCGAGCACUGAAUGUUAUCCAUGUAAUGUAGACAAAACAAGUUUUUUUAGUUAUAAUGACCGAUAUGAAUAAAUGAGACAUUCUCUGUGAUUUUAUUACUCAAUAUCUUCGAAAUGUCAAUUAUUUUUUAAAAUAAAAUCCAAUUUGUUUUGUUAAGACAAUUGCAAUUGCAAUUUGAAAUUCUCCGGUUACGUAUUUGCCGUGGCGACACUCAAAUCAUGUAUUUACUAUCAGUGUACAUAUGUGACGUGUCAUGGCAGCGAUCUUGAUGUGAUAUGCCGAGAAUUCAAGAGCUAUGACAUUUGUUCUUUCACACGUAAGAUCUCUAUGAAGUGCAUUCAAGAGUUCAAAUUACAUCGAAAAUUACGCACACCAGUUAAA